AGUAGCUCAGCUAGGGCAGCCUAUCAUCUCCUCAGGGGCCAUCUUCCUGUUACUUCAACCACAACAAGAUAUGUCUUCCACCAACAAAAUAGACACCCACAACCGAAACGGAUCGAGCAAAGAGAAGAAAUCCAACCCAUCUUCAAGUUCAGAGUACCAGCUGAAGAAUCACCUUCUGCUGCUGGCCACUCUGGUCGCAACGGUAACAUAUGCCGCGGGGCUCAACCUGCCAGGGGGGUUCUGGCAGGACACACAAGAAGACCAUCUCGCGGGCGACCCAAUCCUACCAGGCAACCACAAAGAACAAUACAUCAUGUUCUACUACUGCAACGCCACUGCGUUCGCCGCGUCACUCGUGGUCUGCCUCCUCCUCCUCGUCCUGGACAAGGAGAACUCAGGCUGCGCAGCUGCCCUGCGAGUAGUCAUGCUGUUUGACUUGCUUGGUCUAAUGGGGGCCUAUGCUGCCGGAAGCUGCAGAGAUGAAUUCACUACCAUCUACUCCUCGGUGAUCAUGUCGAUGGUAUUUGCCUAUAUUGUGCCUUCUUUGUUUACCUAUGCAGUGUCCAAGUUGAAGAAGAAAGACAAAAAUCAUGGGAAGCAAAACAAGGAUUCGGGUGAACCAAAGGAUACUGAGAAGCAAACCUGGUAUCCUGAUGAACACAAGCGCGAAGAACUGCAUGAGGUCUUGAUGCUGCUAGCAACAUUUGCAGUUACCAUCACCUACGUGGCCGGGCUGAACCCACCAGGUGGCUUCUGGGGCAGCACCCAGGACGGCCACCGGGUGAGCAACCCAGUUCUGCAGGACAUCAACUCCAGACGCUAUAAAGCGUUCUUCGUCUGCAACACCACAGCGUUUGUCGCAUCCCUGCUCAUCAUCAUGUUGCUUCUGGACAAGAGGGUCAACACGGAGCAAAUGUCAUUGCAGUUUGGUGAACUGUAUGGGUCUAUUGUUGUGGUUCUCUUCGGCCUCGUUGGAGCCUAUGCUGCUGGGAGCUGCAGGGACACCGAUGACACUGUAUACGUCAUCUGUUUGAUUGCUGCAAUUCUUGCAUACAUCUUCCUCCAGGUGGCUGUUACACAAUUCUUAAAAAAGAGGAUCAAGAAUGAUGGGCAUACUGAACGAAGUAUAUCAUCUGUAAAGUCACUGAUCCGUAAUGAAGAUGGUAGCAGGAACACAAAACGCAAUAUUGCAAUGGAAAAGGCUCGCUCCCUUGUCAUGUUACUUGCUACUCUUGCUGCAAGCAUCACAUACCAAGCAGGGCUAGAUCCACCGGGUGGUCUCUGGCCAGAUGACCGGGAUGGGCAUAAGGGCGGCGACCCAAUACUCCUCACGACAAACCCGGCACGGUACAAGGUGUUCUUCUACAGCAAUUCGGUGGCUUUUGUGACAUCCUUAGUGGCCAUAAUAAUGGUCCAAAGUAAACAUGUACUGAAGAACCACACUCUAGAGGCAGCUAUGCUGCUGGAUCUGUUCGCCCUCAUAACUGCAUAUGCUGCAGGGAGUUGCCGGGACGUGAGCACAUCCAUCUAUGUUGUUGCUCUGGCAGGUGGUGUCCUCGUCUAUGUGGUGAUUCACAUAAUCUUCUUCACACUAGACAACAUGGACAAUGAAUAUCAUGAUCCUGAUGAGGAGGAUAAGAAGCGUGAAGUUUUGCUGCUCCUUGCAAUCUUGGUUGCCACGCUCACUUAUCAAGCUGGGCUGACACCCCCAGGUGGCUUCUGGUCAGAGGAUGAUAAUCUUGGGCACCACCACCGAGCAGGCUAUCCAAUCCUGCUCGAAAACUAUCCACCGCAGUACGAGGCAUUCUUCUACUGCAACGCGACGAGCUUCAUGGCAUCUAUAGCUCUCAUUAUGCUCCUUGUGAACCCAAACCUAUACAGGCCAGGCAUAAAGUGCUAUGCGCUUUAUGUGUGCAUGGUGGCUGGAAUGUUCGGCCUCAUGGGUGCCUACGCUGCUGGAAGCUCUCGGCGUCUGCGCACCUCCAUCUAUGUAUUGACAUUGGUUGGUGCAGUGUUUGCCUUGGUAGCCUUGCAGGUAGCCAUGUUCUGGAACAAGAGGACCUCUAAAACAGGAGGCAACAUGACGAACUCCUCUGCGCAAGAAGGUGGCAGCACAGACACUGAAGCCUCACAACCAGCACCUCUGAUAAAAGGGAUGGGAUCCACUUCACAAGCAACUCAGAUCACAGAUAUUACAGAUGCUGCACUGAGAAACACUGACAAAGGAGAGGGGUCAUCUGAACAAGGAGGCAGCAGAAUAAAUUCUGUCACUUCUGAACCAGGAGCCCAUGGCACAGGAAAUGGAGCCUCUCUACAAGAAGCCAACAGUGAAGAAGAUAAAUCUGGAUCAACCGAGAAGGACAUGCGGGAGUACUUGAUGCUGCUAGGGGUCCUGGCUGCAAGUGUUACAUAUCAAGCUGGCCUAAAACCACCAGGUGGCUUGUGGCAGGAAAAUGGCAAUGGGCACCUUGCUGGCCACUACAUCCUCCACGACAUCAACAAGCGCCGGUACUAUGCAUUCUUCUAUAGCAAUUCGAUUUCCUUCAUGGCUUCUAUUGUCGUCAUCGCCUUGCUGCUUCCAAGGAUGCUGAACAACCUAGAAAUACCGGUCUGGCCAAUGCAUACGGCCAUUUUGCUGGAUAUGCUCGGUCUCCUGUGUGCUUACGCUGCAGGCAGCACCAUGAGGUGGGAGACAUCUAGAAAUAUCAUUGCUUUGGUUAUCCCUGUGCUGGUGUACAUGGCAGCCUGUACAGCGCUAUCAUUUUUCCAUAAGGAAGAUCAAAAACAAAUAUCUGCAUCGACCUGCCAGGCAUCCACCAACUCAUAGAGAAGCAUCAACAUGGCGUCAUCCUUUAUCAAUUUGUUCUAGGAGAAAGAGACUACCUACAGGGAACUAGUUACUAUCUUUCUCAUUUUGAAAUAGAAAGCCAUCAAGUAUGAGUAGAAAAGGACCUGAAGAUGGGUGUUGAAGGCAUACAUACACCCACACCUCCUUCCUAGCUACUGAACCAUGCCACAGUUCCUCUACUAGAUUUUCAAUUUAAUUCAACUGAAGCCAUUGUGUAUGAAUUAGGACGCUUAAGUUGUUUGUUCGUGUGUAUUUUCCAGGAGGUAUUAUACAAACAUCAACCUAUAUGAAUUAUUGUUGGUUUUUGUAUAUUCAUGGGGAAAAGAUAUUGGCUGCUUUCAGCACAGCUUGCUAUUGUUCAAAAUAUUUGAUAGACAUAUAGUCAAAAUGUUAAACAGCAAUGACAUGGUGUAAUUUGAGCUAUGAGGCCCAUUUUUGAACU